AUGCUAUUAAGCCGAGAGCAUUUAAUAAGUUCAAUUAGAAGUAUACAGCCUACGUAUGACUCACUGAGCUGUAUAAUAGAGUACAUUAUGCUAUUUAGAGGCGAGUUAGAGGCAAUUUUAGAUGUUAUUCUGAAAGAGAGCAAGAACAGCAAUGCACAUACAAAUUUAUUUAUAAUGUACAUGCUGAAUGAAUUAUCAGUAAAGCUGAGCUGUGCUGAAGACUCUAAUAAAGACCAAGAAAUUAAAAGUGUAAAGAAAGCACUGAAGGAGGUCUUAAAAACUGGAAGGAAAAGAGUUGAUUCAAUGACUGCACACGGCACACCCGGACUAAAAAAAGCUGCUGGAGUUCUAACCACAAAGUACAACGAGAUGGAGAAGUUAUUAUACAUGAAACCCGAGGAAAUCAAAGCACAGAGCGCAAAAAAAGAAGCUGUAUUAGAGAAGAAGGAAAAGCGAACAGAAGAAGUAAAUAAUUCAAAAGAAGAUAUUGAUGAAAAGUAUUUGGACAUAGAGUAUUUAGAGAGUCUUUGUAAAAAGAAGGACAAAAAGUCUGUUAUAAAAUACAUCAAAGAACUGAAAAAAAAUCAUGUAGAGUAGAUUGAAUAAUUAAGAAGAAAUAAGAAUAGAAAUAAUCCGAAAU